AUGCCAACGAUUAUUGGAAAUUCAAAAAAAUCACAACCAAAUCCAAUGAUAUCACAAUAUGAACCUCCUACAGUAUCCUAUAAUGAAUCCUCCAAAAAAAAGAACAAGAUUCCAUCAUCACAAGUUCCUGAUAUACAAUCAGUUAAUCAAACAUUUCCAAAUAAUUAUUAUAUAAGUCCAUCAUCAGUAGUAUCAGCAAAUCCAUUAAUAACAAAUUCUUAUGCAUUACUACAAGAACAACAACAACAGCAAGCACAAAAAUAUAUUGAUCUAUCAAAAACAAAUAAUAAAAAUCCAAAACAUCAAUCCACAGCUAAUACAAAUUAUAAUAAUCGACCAUAUGCAUUUUCAAAUCAAAAUAAUGAUCAUCCUGAAGCCAAAAAUCGAUCUAACAAUGCUGGAAAUGAAGCAUUUCAAAGUGAAAUAGAUGAUGAUGAUGAUGAUGAUGAAAAACAACCGAAAGGCAAAUCGGGUCAAUGGCUUUCUCAACCAUUAUGUUUAGGAUUAACACGUUUAAGUGGUGGACUUUUAUUUGGAUCUAUGAUAUUACUUGCUCUUGGAUCUAUAGCUGGUCUUAUUGCAUCGCUUGCUUUAUAUACUCGAGAUAGUGAAACGAAUAGUCAAUGGAAAAUUUUAGGCAUGGUUAUUUGUUCUAUAAUGUUAACAACAAUAAUUGCGACAGUACUUAUAUUUAUUUGUUGUUAUAAACAUGGUUAUAUGCUUAAUUCAGAUGAUGAUAUUGAGCCAAUCGAUUCACCACCAGUAUCAGGCAUUAGACAAAGAAAUGCUUCGCAAACUUAUAAAUUUAAUCCUACAAAUGAUGCAUCAUCAAUUCGAUCUGGUAUACUUCAAGAUGUAUCAACACCAAAUUCAAUACCUAAAUUAUCUUUUAAAGUUCAUGAUAAACAAACAAAUACAGAAACAACAAUAUCUCUAUUACCUCCAAAAGAUUUUAAUCGUGGUGUAUGGCCAGCAAUAAAUGCUUAUGGUGGUAUGUCACAUCGUCCCGUGGUUCAACCAAAAAUGAUUUCUCAAAAUGUUCAAGUAUUAGAACAUGAAAUUGAAGAAAUACUUGAAACUCCAAAAGUUAUUUAUCAAGCUGUUGCUCCAGCAGCAGCAGCAACAGCAACAGCAGCAAUUUCACCUCCACCAGUUCAACAACGAAUAAUUCAUAUGCCCGAUGACCAAACAUCUGUUAUUGAUGUUGUCGAAACAACAAAAAAACAACACCGAACAAAUACUAUUCGAGAAGCACAAAAACAAAAUAUUGUUGUACAACCAAAACCUCGUAAUGAACAGGCUCAUGUUGAAGAACAACGAACACAUCGUAUUGAAGAUCUUGACAGUAGUGAUGAACAGUCACAUCAUAUUGAAAAUCUUGAUAGUAACGAUGAACAACCACAUCGUAUUGAACAUGUUGAUAAUAGUGAAGAAGAUGUUGAUACUAAGAGAAAACGAUCACAUCGUAUUGUUCAAAAACCUCAAAAUGAAGUUAGUGAUGAAAUUAUUCAACGAGUAAGAUCAUCAUCAAUAGAAGAAAUUGUCGAUGUACCAAAACAUGGAAGAAAACAUGGACGAAAAAAAGAUAAAAAGCAAAAUUUUACAAAAGUUUCUGUUAAACAUAUAAAACCAAACGCUUAA